AUGCCUGCUGUUGACGUUGAGAUUCACUUUCCGCUUAAGCGCAUUGCCGCGGAGGGGUACGCCGAGGAUGAGUUGCUUCUCAACCAAAUGGGGAAGGUGAACGACACGCCGGAGGAGGAGGGCAUGCCGCUGCGAGCGUGGGUGAUUAAAUGUGCGCAUGAGGCGCUGGAGAAGAAUCCAAAAAUUCGUGAGGUUUAUCUGAAGCCAAGGGCGGUGAAAAACAGCAGCGUUCAAUUCCACGUCAUCUUUGACGAGGAGUGA